CAGUGUAGGAGUAGAAGUUACCUGUUCUGGUUUUAUGAAGUAAUUAUCCCCAAAAUUGGGGACAACCGAGCUGUCACAAUGGAUACUACAAAGAUAAUGUUGGGCUCGCCCUUAAGUCCGCACGAUGCGGCAGCGCAGCUGACAACAUUCAAGUCUUAUGUGGCACUCAUCUCUGAUCCUACUCCAGGCAUUGUGGAAAAGAAACUAAAGGCAGCUCAAGAACUUAGUGAGAAUUUUGAGACUGUCGUGUCAUCAACACAGUACCCGCAGUUUCUGGCCGAGUCGAUGCGUGUGUUUCUAAAGAUUCUUGAUGAAGGAGAACCACAAUUUAUUGCUGAACAAAACAUGCAGCAACUUCGGAAACUUCUGCUGGAGAUCAUUCAUCGCAUCCCAUGUAAUGAGUAUCUGAAGAAAUAUGUUCAGCAGAUUCUCUCACUCAUGUUCAAACUACUCAAGAUUGAAAAUGAAGAAAAUGUUCUGGUGUGCAUUAGAAUUAUACUGGAGCUACAUAAACAGUACAGACCACAGAUGAAUGAUGAGAUCCAAGAUUUCUUGCAGUUUGUGAAAAGUAUUUACAGUACAUUGCCAUCACAUCUGUCCAAGAUAUUUGAUCCACGGUCGCAGAAAAAGGUGAAAGAUGUCACGGAAAUUAACGUGGAAGCCUGGCUGCAGGAGAUAUACACUGUCACAACUAUACUGACGGACAAGAAAAACGCAGACAACACCAGUAUUUCAUACAACAUCAUCCCAAAAGGAAUGCAGUCUCUGAAGGUCCUGGCUGAGCUGCCCAUCAUCGUUGUGCUCAUGUAUCAGCUGUACAAGAACAACGUGCACCCCGACAUGGCCGAGUUCAUCCCCCUCAUCAUGAACACCAUCACAUUACAGCCGUCUCCACAACACAGAGCCAGCCCUACUUUCAACAAGGAAGUGUUUGUUGAUUUCAUCGCUGCUCAAAUCAAGACAUUGUCAUUCUUGGCCUACAUUAUUAGGAUAUAUCAGGGACAAGUGAAUAAUCAUUCUCAACAGAUGGUGCAAGGCCUUCUGGGAUUGCUGACUCUGUGUCCACAGGAAGUAGCUCAUUUGAGAAAAGAACUGUUGAUAGCUGCUCGACAUAUCCUGUCAACAGACCUCAGAAACAAAUUUGUUCCUUGCAUUGACAAACUGUUUGAUGAAAACAUUUUGAUAGGAUCUGGUUGGACAACACAUGAAUCUUUACGACCGCUUGCCUAUAGUACACUGGCCGAUCUUGUACAUCAUGUGAGGACGGCCCUGCCCCUCAACGACCUGUCUCUGGCGGUGAAUCUGUUCUCGAAGAACGUCCACGAUGAAUCUCUACCCAGCAGUAUUCAGACCAUGUCCUGCCGUCUGCUCCUCAACCUGGUCGAGUGCAUUCGCUUGAAGAGCGAACAGGAAAACGGAAAUGGAAGAGAACUCUUGAUGCGAAUGCUGGAGGUGUUUGUAUUAAAGUUCAAAACAAUUGCAACAGUCCAGCUUCCUCUGAUUCUUCAAAAAUGCAAACAGCAGGCUCCAGCUAACUCUACGAACAGUACAUCAUCCACAUCAACAGAAUCAAAAUCACCCACCGAUCUCAAACCAUCGAUCACACCCAAGACACCGACAUCGACCGUGACACCUGCUGAGACGCCCACUAAAGACGAAAACAAGUCGUUCGCCAUGGGAUUGUUAGAAUCAAAAGAGAAAGAGGAUGCUACAAAGACUCAGAAUCGUUUUGGUGUUAUUCCGAGUCAGUACAGCGUGUAUUCCGUUGCUGACUGCCGAAGUCUGAUGAAAACUCUUGUGUGUGGUGUGAAAACUAUCACUUGGGGUGUGCUGUCCUGCAAGGCUAUUGGAAAUGCUGAUGCUAGCCUUAUUCAGAACAAGCAGUUUCAAUCCAAAGAAACCCUUGUGUAUGUCCGCCUGGUGAAAUAUGCCCUGCAGGCACUGGACAUCUACACGGUCAAUCUGACACCUUCAGGACAGGCUUACAUAAGACCAGCAGUUGUACAAACGGUGAGAACGAAAGAAGAAAAGGAAGUCCUCGAACAUUUUGCUGGUGUGUUCACAAUGAUGAGUCCCAUUACAUUUAAAGAAAUCUUUUCUUCAGUGAUAGAGUACAUGGUGGAAAGGAUACACAACAACUAUGCUCUACAGAUUGUUGCCAACUCAUUUCUUGCCAAUCUCCAGACGUCUGCUACAUUUGCUACAAUUCUUGUCGAGUAUUUGCUCGACAGACUGGAAGAAAUGGGAUCCAACAUGGAUCGGUCCAAUCUGUAUCUCAAGUUGUUCAAACUGGUUUUUGGAUCUGUGUCUCUGUUUGCUGCAGAAAAUGAACAGAUGUUAAAGCCUCACCUUCAUACAAUAGUGAAUCGGUCCAUGGAGCUGGCAAUGAGUGCGAAGGAGCCAUACAAUUACUUCCUGUUGCUGCGUGCUCUGUUCCGGUCCAUUGGAGGAGGCAGCCAUGAUCUCCUGUACCAAGAAUUCCUUCCUUUACUGCCAAAUCUGCUUCAAGGUCUGAACAGUCUACAGAGUGGGUUGCACCGUCAGCACAUGAAGGAUCUGUUUGUAGAACUCUGUCUCACUGUUCCGGUCCGUCUCAGCUCCCUUCUGCCGUACCUGCCCAUGUUAAUGGAUCCGCUCGUCUCCGCACUCAACGGCUCUCAGACGCUCGUUAGUCAGGGCUUGAGAACUCUGGAGCUGUGUGUUGACAAUCUGCAGCCUGACUUCCUGUACGACCACAUACAGCCAGUGCGAGCAGAGCUGAUGCAGGCACUGUGGCGCACUCUCCGCAACCCUCAGGACAACAUCGCACACGUGGCCUUCCGAGUCCUCGGCAAGUUUGGCGGGGGCAACCGCAAGAUGUUGAGAGAGCCGCAGAAGCUGCAGUACAAUGAUAAGGAAACUGUAGGUCCUUGCAUCACAAUCCACUUUCAGGACUGCAAAUCAGCAAUUUCACUGCCUGUUGAAAAGGCCAUCGACACAGCUCUGAUGUCACUAAAGAGCAGUUCGACGGACGCCUACAGUCGACGCCAGGCGUGGGAACUCAUCCGGUGUUUCCUCGUGUCCGUGAUGAGUUUAGAAGAUGACAAACAAACGAUGACACAUCUGUUCACUCAUCCAAGCUUCAUGGAAAAGGAGAUCUUAGGCCAUUCUGGUAGUUUGUACAAGAAUCCAGACUCACACUCGAGGAAAGUUCACGAGCAGGCGUUGACUGGGAUGUUCAUUGCGGCUGCCAUAAAGGAAUUACGACAGUCUGCAUUGCCAUUCAUGGCCUACAUGGUUCGUCAUUACACAAUGAUUGCGAUAUCACAGCAGUGUGGUCCGUUUGCUGUUGGAGACAAACAGAACAAGCUGCAGGGGAUGGACACGCAGAUUCUGAUAGACGCGCUGGCCGUCAUCAUGGGCCACGAGGAAAAGGAACUGUGUAAACCGGGCAACCUGGCUCUCGUCUUUAUUCAGGACACUGCCACCACCAUACUGGGAUCAAAGGAAAAAGCAUGUCAGCUUCCAUUAUUUGAAUAUCUUGUGGACAGAAUGUGUUCUUUGUGUUACGACAGGGCCUGGUAUGCAAAAUAUGGAGGGUGUCUGGCUAUCAAGUUUUUGUCUGAGAGAAUGGCCCUGAAAUGGGUUUUGGAGCACCAGUUCCUCUUCCUCAAAGCACUGCUGUUUGUGAUGAUGGAUUUGACAGGGGAGGUUUCCAGUGGUGCGGUGGACUUGGCCAAGUCUAACCUAAAGAACAUGCUGGUUCUGUGUGCCAAGGAGCCCGACUCGAGUCUGAUCUCCGAGGAACUGAUAAGUGCUCAGAAGAAAUCCUUUUAUGAGGUGACCCAUGAACUUGUCCGCCAGGUGACGUCCACGAACACCUUGGUCAGAGAACAGGCGAUGAAUUCCCUGGAUGUGUUAUCGAAGACGACUGGGAAGACGAUAACGGAGAUUAUGGAACCGCACAAAGAUGUUUUGCAGGACAUGAUUCCACCGAAGAAACACCUUCUACGUCACCAGCCACUCAACGCACAGAUUGGACUCAUGGAAGGCAACAUGUUUUGCACAAGCCUCGACCCACGCCUCUUCACUAUUGAUGUAAACAUUGUGGAACACAAUGUCUUCUUUACAGAACUGAUCAGUCUGUGUGAAGCAGAGGAUGCCAUCUUGCUGAAGUUGCCCUGCUACAAGAACAUAACCAACCUGGUCCCACUUCGGACUAGUGCUCUGAGGGCUCUGGCUGCCUGUCAUUACAUCCCGGCACGACGAGACAAAAUCUUUGGGAUCCUGUACAAAGCCUUGAACAGCACAAACAGCGAUCUGCAGGAGGCUGCUCAUGAGUGCAUGAAAAAGUUUAUUGCUGGGUGUACAAUAGACACUGAGACAGUCUACAAUUCGAUACGACCACUGCUGAUGAAGUUGGGAGAUUUCCGCAGUCUGACCCUGAACGUCAUCCAGCGCUUGUCGAGUCUCGUUCAGCUGUUUCCAAACACGUUCAACGAGAAGCUCUGUGAUCAACUGAUGCAACAUUUGCAGAAAUGGAUGGAUGUGACAGCUCUCGCACAAAAGUCUGGACAGAAACCAUCCACAGGCCAGGACAUGAAGACGUGUGCUGCGAUUGUGAAUAUUUUCCACCUGAUUCCUGCUGCCAGUAAGAACAUGAUCGAUCCACUCACGACUCUAGUUCUACGUGGAGAGAAACAGCUUCUAAUCGAGGCCGGAAGUCCUUUUCAUGAACCUCUGAUGAAAUUUCUCCUGCGUUACCCAGCACAAACUAUCGAGUUUUUCCUCACGGAGAACGCAUUGAAAGAUCAACAAUACAACAGAUACCUGGAGUAUUUGCUAAACCAUGCUGAUGGGAAGCCAUUCCGUAAAGUACUACAGUCAAAUCCACAGAGACUGGUCAACAUGGCAUUUGGGCAACUCCAGGGUCAAACUGCCUCUCAGCUUGCUGUGACUGGUACCACGAAGUACGAGUUGCAGUACGAGGCAAUACGACUCAUCAACAUCUUGGUGCACUUCGAUGAUGACUGGCUGCCGAACCAUUCGCAAGUCGUUACACAGUUGUUAAAAAUCUGGGUUUCAGAGGGCUUUCAAGAGCGACAUAAAAAAGUGGACUCGCUGGAUUUUGUUCACUGGAAAGAACCAUCUCUUUUGGUUGGAUGUCUUCUCAACUAUUUUAAUCACCACACAAAUGAGAUUGACUUGCUGUUCCACAUCCUAAGAUGUUUCACUCACCGGUACAUCCCACAGUUCCAGUUUGUCAAGGAGUUCCUCGAACAGACGGUGGCAGCAACCUACACGGUUGAGUGGAAAAGAAAGGCUUUCUUCAAGUUUGUUGAUGUCUUCCAUGACCAGACAAACUGGCCACAGGAACUAAAGGCAAAAAUUCUGCAGCACGUGCUCAUCCCGUGUUUCCAGUGCUCAUUCGAGAAGGGUGAUGGCGACCUUCUGAUUGGAGGUCACCCCGCGCCCGACCAGGACAAUGAGGAGAACGUGAUCAGUAUCUUCAUCACGCGCAUCAUCGACCCUGAAAACCCGUUUGGUACCUCGGACGCCGUCCGCAUCCUGCUGCUGCAGUUCUCCUCCCUGCUGGUGGAGCAGGCAUCCCCACACAUACAUGACGCAGCUAACAAGAAACAAGGGAACAAGUUACGUAGACUGAUGACAUUUGCGUGGCCGUGCCUCCUGUCUAAGAACUGUGUUGACCCGGCAACCAAAUACCAUGGCCAUCUCCUCCUGGCACACAUCAUCGCCAAGUUUGCCAUCCACAAGAGAAUUGUGCUUCAGGUGUUUCACAGUUUGUUAAAGGCGCAUGCUGUUGAAGCUCGCACUGUCGUUCGACAAGCUUUAGAAAUACUGACGCCUGCCAUGCCUGGGAGGAUGGAAGAUGGCAAUGGCAUGCUCACCCACUGGACAAAGAAGAUCAUUGUAGAGGAGGGGCACAGUGUGGGACAGCUUGUUCAUAUCUUGCAGUUGGUUGUGCGACACUACAAAGUGUACUAUCCAGUCCGACAUCACCUCAUUCAACACAUGGUCAACUCCUUACACCGUCUUGGCUUUACUCCAAGUGCGACGAUAGAGCAUCGUAAGUUAGCUGUGGAGUUGGCCGAUGUGAUCAUCAAGUGGGAGCUACAGAGAAUCAAGGAUGAUCAGGACCCGAACUUUGAGGCGGAACAAGAAGCGUCUCAGUUGUUUGACAACAUGCAGGUGAAGAGAUCGCCAUCUGUCGAUUCUCCACAGGAAGCCAAACGUUCACGACACUCAUCAGGAGCGAGUGGACGUAGCCAGACUGAUGUUAACAAACCGAUUGAGAAGCAGUUUUGUGAUGCUGUUGUGAAUUUUCUCCUUCGAAUUGCCUGUCAGGUGAACGAGGCUUCAGCAUCAAUAGGAUCUCCAGGUGAGGUGUUGUCACGGCGAUGUGUGGCGCUGCUGAAGAUAGUUCUGAGGCCGGACUUCUGGUCGAAUGCGGAGCUUAAGCUGGCGUGGUUUGACAAGCUGUUGACAACAGUCGAGAACCACCAGCCGAACUUCGCCAACAUCUGUACAGCACUGGAGCUGUUGACCUUCCUCCUCUCCAUUCUGAAAAGGGAGACAAUCCUGGCCAGCUUCAAGCCACUGCAGCGUGGUAUUGCUGCGUGUAUGACCUGUCCGAACACCAAGGUGAUCCGAGCCGUGCACAGCCUGCUGUCUCGCCUCAUGAGUCACUUCCCGACAGAGCCGGUCACGUCGAACGUGGCGUCCAAGUAUGAAGAACUGGAAUGUCUGUACGCCUGUGUCAGCAAGGUCAUAUAUGAAGGGCUCACUAACUACGAGAAAAACAGCAAUGGUUCCCCGUCCCAGCUGUUCAGCACCCUGAUGAUCCUGAAGGCGGCGUGCAUGCACAACCAGUGUUACAUUGACCGACUGAUCACCACGUUCAUGAAGGUCCUACACAAGAUGGCCCGCGAGCACCUCACCCCAACCACGCCAGAAUCCAGCCCAGCAGUAGCAAGCGAGUUGCUGAUUCUGAGUCUGGACCUGGUGAAGAACAGAGUUGGCGUCAUGAGCCUGGAGAUGAGGAAGAGUUUUAUUGGUCAGAUCCUCGUCGGGCUCAUCGAGAAAACGCCAGAUAAUAAAGUCAUGAAAGCCAUAACCAAGAUGGUUGAAGAUUGGGUUAAAAUAAAGACUCCAAUAGCCAUUAAUCAGUCUCCGUCGAUACGGGAGAAGGCGAUCCUGUUGAUGAAACUGAUGCAGAACGUAGAGAAGAGAUUCCCAGAUGACCAGGAACUAAACGCUCAAUACCUUGAUCUCGUCAACUACAUAUACAGAGAUGACAGUUUGAGUGGCAGUGAACUGACGUCAAAGCUGGAGCAGGCGUUUUUAUCUGGUCUACGCUGUAACCAAAGCCCCAUCAGACAGAAGUUUGUCGAGGUUUUUGAGAACAGUAUAAUGCGACGAGUGUUUGAUCGACUUCUUUACAUAACGUGUUCUCAGAACUGGGAGGCAAUGGGCUCACAUUUCUGGAUCAAGCAGUGCAUAGAGCUUCUGUUGUCUGUUGCUGUGAAUGGGUUGUCCAUACAGAGUUCUUCGCCCAUGAAUCUGUUACCCUCAGCCUGCUCGGUUGUGAAUCUGGCCGACAGUCACGAUCGUGCAUCCUUCGCCACGAUUGUCCGGAUGAAAGAGGAGCCAAUGGAUGUGGAAAGCCUGGACUCCAACAAGGAAGAUGAGGAUAUUGACAUAGAUCUUUCAAGUGUGUCACCAGACGAGGGACUGUCAAAAGACGUGCCCAAGAAAGAGAUGGAAGACCCCAAACAAACCUUGCAGACGUUACUUCAGCGACAAGCCAAGUUUCUAGAAAACUGCAGAGAAAUCAAGACUGUCCAGUACUUGAAUUCCCUUUCUCAGCUUUCUCAUGGCAACACUGACCUUGCACACGACACCUGGCUGGAGCUGUUUCCACGGAUUUGGAAGAUACUGUCGGAGAAGCAGCAGCAGCUACUGAGUGCUGAGCUGGUGCCGUUCUUGUGUAGCGGCAGUCACGUCAUACAGAAGGACUGUCAGCCGAGCGCUGUGCACUGUUUCCUUGAGGGACUGUCUCUGUGUGUUCCAGCCAUACCAGUCAGGCCUUGUGUUCUCAAGUACCUUGGUCGCACACACAACCUGUGGCAUCGGACGAGUCUGCUGCUGGAACAGAUGGCUUUUGAAAACAACUCGACCGCCCUGGUGAAAAACAGGCCUAGUAGUGAAUACGAGUUUGAACCCACCUUGGCUUCACCUCAUCAGGAGACGUUGGAUGCUCUCUGUGACCUGUACUCUUUACUGAAGGAGGAAGAUAUGUGGUGUGGUCUGUGGCAGAAGCGCGCCAAGUACACCGAAACUAACACUGCGAUUGCUUAUGAACAGCAUGGCUUUUUUGAACAGGCACAAAAUGCAUAUGAGAUGGCGCUGACAAAAGCUCGACAGGAUCACAACACAAGUCCAGCUUCUCCAUCGGUUUUACCUGAAUACAGACUCUGGGAAGAUCACUGGAUCAGGUGCUCCAAGGAACUGCAUCAGUGGGACUUGUUGCUGGAGUAUGCCAAUUCCAAGGGUAACACCAACUCCAACCUGGUCUUGGAAAGUGCGUGGAGAGUCCCAAAGUGGGCCCUCAUGAAGGAUUCACUCGCGCAGGUUGAAUUGAGCUGUCCGAAGGAGCUGGCAUGGAAAGUGAAUUUGUAUCGAGGCUACAUUGCUAUUUGUCAUCCUGACGACCACCAUCUCAACAUGGUCAUGAUUGAGCGUCUGGUUGAGGUGUCCAGUAACCUGGCUAUAAAGGAGUGGAGGCGACUUCCCAGUAUCGUGUCUCAUAUCCAUGUUCCACUGCUACAGGCAGCCCAGCAGAUCAUGGAACUGCAGGAAGCGGCUCAGAUAAAUCAGGGACUCCAGCCUGGCAACAUCACGCGCAGUUCUUCGGUCCACGACAUGAAGGCCAUCGUCAAGACGUGGAAGAAUCGACUGCCGAUGAUAUCUGACGAUCUGUCUCACUGGAGCGACAUCUUCACGUGGAGACAGCAUCACUAUCAGUUUAUUGUCAACCACUACGACUCACACGCUCAGACUGAUCCACAGAAUAACCACUCCAUGCUUGGUGUCCAUGCCUCUGCUCAGGCUAUAAUACAUUUUGGAAAGAUUGCCCGGAAACACAAUCUCACCGGAGUCUCCCUGGAUACUCUUAGCAGAAUUCAUACAAUUCCAAGUGUGCCUAUUGUGGACUGCUUCCAAAAAAUCCGUCAGCAAGUCAAAUGUUACCUGCAGAUGUCGGGAGUGAUGGGCAAAAAUGAACUGAAUGAGGGCCUUGAAGUGAUAGAGUCUACGAACCUGAAGUAUUUCACCAAGGAAAUGACGGCCGAGUUUUAUGCGUUGAAAGGCAUGUUCCUGGCCCAGAUAAACCGGUCGGAGGACGCCAACAAGGCCUUCUCCGCGGCCGUACAGAUGCACGACACUCUUGUUAAGGCCUGGGCCUUGUGGGGAGACUACUUGGAGGCGGUUUUCACUAAAGACAAACAAAUUCAACAAGGGGAGUUUGCCAUCACUUGUUACCUCCAUGCCUGUCGUCACCAGAACGAAGGCAAGUCACGGAAAUACUUGGCCAAAGUUCUGUGGUUGUUGACGUAUGAUGACGAGAAGCUUACUCUGGCCAGCGCAGUCGACAAGUAUUGUGUUGGGGUGCCGCCAAUUCAGUGGUUGCCAUGGAUUCCUCAACUGCUGACGUGCCUGGUCCGCAGUGAAGGUCGACUAAUCAUGAACCUGCUCAGUCAGGUCGGUCGCAUGUACCCACAGGCCGUGUACUUCCCCAUCCGGACGCUCUACCUCACACUGAAGAUAGAACAGCGCGAGAGAUACAAAAGUAGUGGUGAUCUGACAACAUGUGGAAGUCGUAGUCUUGCAGCAACUACUACUACAACAACACCAACGACCACCCCGGCAGUGACAUCGGCACCAGCCACUCCAGAAAUAACUGCCACAACAACAACAUCGGUUACAGAUUCAACAACCACCACUUUGUCGACGGCGUCCAACCAGCCAGCGAAGACUGGAACGAGUCAGAGCGAUGCAGGACCCAUCAAGGCACCGGCGCCCAUGUGGAGGUGCAGUCGAAUCAUGCACAUGCAGAGAGAUCUACACCCAACCAUCCUCUCAUCUUUGGAGGGAAUUGUAGACCAGAUGGUGUGGUUUCGUGAGAACUGGUAUGAGGAGGUUCUGCGUCAACUCAGACAGGGUCUGGCCAAGUGCUACGCUGUUGCCUUUGAGAACCGCGGCUCGGUGGCAGAGGCAACCAUCACUCCACACACUCUGAACUUCGUUAAGAAGCUCGUGAGUACAUUUGGUGUCGGGAUAGAAAAUGUGUCGAGCGUGUCGUCAACAUUCUCUAGUGCUGCGUCGGAGUCUCUGGCACGUCGUGCUCAGGCCACCGCCCAGGAUCCUAUCUUUCAGAAGAUGAAGAGUCAGUUCACUACAGAUUUUGACUUCAGUGUCCCGGGCUCCACGAAGCUGCACAAUCUGAUCAACAAGCUGAAGAAAUGGAUUAAAAUCCUGGAGGCUAAAACCAAACUUCUACCCAAGUCAUUCCUGAUAGAAGAGAAAUGUCGUUUCCUUAGCAACUUUUCUCUCAACACAGCUGAAGUAGAAUUACCCGGGGAGUUCCUGUUGCCAAAGCACAGUCACUACUAUGUGCGAAUCGCUCGGUUUAUGCCACGUGUGGAGAUCGUACAAAAACACAACACAGCAGCUAGAAGAUUGUAUAUCCGAGGACACAAUGGAAAGAUUUACCCUUACCUAGUGGUCAAUGAUGCCUGUUUAACAGAAUCCAGACGGGAAGAGAGAGUCCUACAAUUAUUAAGAAUGUUGAACCAUUUCCUCGCAAAACAAAAGGAAACCUGUCGGCGACUGUUGUACUUCACAGUUCCUCGUGUGGUUGCCGUCUCACCACAGAUGAGACUGGUCGAAGACAACCCGGCCUCCAUCUCGCUACUGGAAAUAUACAAACAGCGAUGCAGCAAGCGUGGUUUGGAGCACGACGCUCCAAUAGCUCGGUAUUACGAGAGACUAGUCACGGUCCAGGCACGCGGGUCACAGGCCAGUCAUCAGGUCCUGCGCGACAUCUUGAAGGAGGUUCAGGCCAACAUGGUGCCCCGGGGCCUGCUCAAGGAGUGGGCACUCAACACGUUUCUUAACGCCACAGAUUACUGGACAUUCAGGAAAACCCUGACCAUUCAGCUGGCGUUGAUGGGUUUUGCCGAGUUCGUCCUGCACUUGACCCGAAUGAACCCAGACAUGAUGUAUCUACACCAGGAUUGUGGCUACCUGAACAUUUCGUACUUCAAAUUCGACAUUGACGAUCAAACAGGUGAGCUUGAUGCGAAUCGUCCCGUGCCAUUCCGCUUGACACCGAACAUCGCUGAAUUUCUCACGACGACGGGAGUCACGGGACCCCUGACUGCAUCCAUGGUGGCAGCCGCCCGCUGCUUCGUCCAGCCGCAGUACAAACUGCCGAGUUUCCUGAGAGCCAUUCUUCGCGAUGAGUACAUCACGUGGCAUAAAAAGAAACACGAGGAGACGAACCCGAGCACGGAGCCAGUGGACAUGGAAGGAGAACAGCUGAUCAGCAUGGUGAACAAGUCCGUGUCCGCCAUCACAACCAGGCUGCAGAAUCUUGCUACAUAUGAUGGAGCAGAGAGUCGCGUGAGCACUUUGGUAGCAGCUGCCAACAGCCACGACAAUCUGUGUCGUAUGGACCCAGCAUGGCACUCGUGGCUAUAACACAUUAAAGAAAGAAUGACAUGACUAUAUAUGCUCUGGGAAGGGCUUCAGCAUAUCAAGAACAGAAUGACAUGACAGUCUGUGUCGUAUGGACCCAGCAUGGCACUUGUGGCUAUAACACAUUAAAGAAAGAAUGACAUGACUAUAUAUGCUCUGGGAAGGGCUUCAGCAUAUCAAGAACAGAAUGACAUGACAGUCUGUGUCGUAUGGACCCAGCAUGGCACUCGUGGCUGUAACACAUUAAAGAAAGAGUGGCAUGACUAUGCUCUGUGAAGGGCUUCAGCACAUCAAGAACAGAAUGAUAUGACAGUCAGUGCCAUAUCGACCCAAGACAGUAUUCCUGGAUGUAACACAUUAAAUAAUGACAUGACAAUAUAUGCUCUACAAAGGGCUUCAGCAUAUCAAGAAAAGAAUGAUGUGACAGUUUGUGUUGUAUGGGCCCAGCAUGGUAUUCUUAGCUGUAACACAUUAAAUAAUGACAUGCCAAUACAUGCUUUAUGCAGGACUUCAGCAUAUCAAGAACAGAAUGAUAUGACAGUCUGUGUUGUAUGGACCCAACAUGGUAUUCUUAGCUGUAACACAUUAAAUAAUGACAUACCAUGCUUUAUGCAGGACUUCAGCAUAUCAAGAACAGAAUGAUAUGACAGUCUGUGUUGUAUGGACCCAACAUGGUAUUCUUAGCUGUAACACAUUAAAUAAUGACAUACCAUGCUUUAUGCAGGACUUCAGCAUAUCAAGAACAGAAUGAUAUGACAGUCUGUGUUGUAUGGACCCAACAUGGUAUUCUUAGCUGUAACACAUUAAAUAAUGACAUGCCAAUACAUGCUUUAUGCAGGACUUCAGCAUAUCAAGAACAGAAUGAUAUGACAGUCUGUGUUGUAUGUACCCAACAUGGUAUUCUUAGCUGUAACACAUUAAAUAAUGACAUGCCAAUACAUGCUUUAUGCAGGACUUCAGCAUAUCAAGAACAAAAUGAUAUGACAGUCUGUGUUGUAUGGACCCAACAUGGUAUUCUUAGCUGUAACACAUUAAAUAAUGACAUACCAUGCUUUAUGCAGGACUUCAGCAUAUCAAGAACAGAAUGAUAUGACAGUCUGUGUUGUAUGGACCCAACAUGGUAUUCUUAGCUGUAACACAUUAAAUAAUGACAUGCCAAUACAUGCUUUAUGCAGGACUUCAGCAUAUCAAGAACAGAAUGAUAUGACAGUCUGUGUUGUAUGUACCCAACAUGGUAUUCUUAGCUGUAACACAUUAAAUAAUGACAUGCCAAUACAUGCUUUAUGCAGGACUUCAGCAUAUCAAGAACAAAAUGAUAUGACAGUCUGUGUUGUAUGGACCCAACAUGGUAUUUCUGGCUGUAACCUGUUAAAGAAAUAAUGACAUGAUAAUACAUGCUCUAUACAGGACUUAGCAUACCAAUGACAGAAUCGAAUCCUAUGGCAGUCUGUGCUAAAACAUGUUAAAAAAAGAAUGACAUAACAAUAUAUGCUUGAUGCAAGGCUUUCAGCAUAUAGAAAACGGAAUGAUGUGUCAUUUGGACCCAAAAUGGUAUUCCUGGCUGUAACACAUUAAAUAAUAACAUGCCAAUAUAUGCUCUGUGCAGGACUUCAGCAUAUCGUGAACAGAAUGAUAUGACUGUCUGUGCCAUAUGGGCCCCGUAUUUCAUUCCUGGCUGUGACACAUUAAAUAAUAACAUGCCAAUAUAUGCUCUGUGCAGGACUUCAGCAUAUCAAGAAUAGAAUGAUAUGAUUGUCUGUGCCAUGUGGGCCCAGUAUUUCAUUCCUGGCUGUGACACAUUAAAUAAUGGCAUAACCGUUGUAUUGUACAUGCCAGGUUCAGCAUAUCGAGAACGGAAUGAGUUAAAUUAUUCCACUAAUGUCAUAAUGAGCUGUAACUUGUGCUUUGAUUUACGGAUAUUACCAGAUAUUAUAGUUCAAAUACUGACGAGUACAUGUUUUAUGUACAUGUGCUAAACAAAAUGUAAAGGUUUCUUUAUAUGCAUAAGUCAUUUUCUAACAGUGUGUACACUUAACAGAAAUAGUAUUUUCCUGCAUUCCACUUUUCAUUUCAGUCCUAUCUGCACUAUUCUUACAGUAGGUAUCAGAUGGUCUUUUUUUGCAUGGUCUUUUUGUUUCUGAUCAUCACAGCAGUGAUUGUUUCAUGUUACAUGAUAACAGUGCCCAGAUUAUUGUGAAAGGAACACUAAUGACAUGACUGGGUCAGUGUGCUUAAAUUUUAAAUUUCUUUUCGUUCAUUUCAACUUAUUUUCGUGCUUAUAUAUCCAGUUAAGGUUCGAGGAGGCUGUCCUGGGCACACACAUCAGCUAUCUGGGCUGUCUGUCCAGGACAA